UCUGAAUUUGCAUAAAACCAUCCAGCUUGCCCGUUGUUCAGUACGGGACAAACUUCUCCAUCCUCACCACAAUCGUUACUUAUUGCCUCGGCACCGUUCCACUCGUUCACAUUAUCCAAGUCAAUCCUUAUUGAUUUAUUCCGCCACUAGCCCUUAUUCCGAAUUCGCCAAGGACAGACGCAAUUACUACCGCCAACAUGUUCACCAAGUCCCAAAUCCCAGUGCUAGUUGCCGCCCUGUUGGCGACUCCCAUCACAGCCAAAACCGACCUGUCUGGCUGCACGUCCUCCGAGACCGUCACCUACGGCGGCGCCAGCAUGAUCUGGUAUGUUCCCGGUACGGGCGAGAUCUGCGCGUUCCUCGACUGCGGCGGCGGCCGUGCCCCAGCCAAGACCACUGUCCCGGGGUGUCCGCAGUACUCGGGCACGGCAAGCUACGCGCCGUCAUUCCUCCCUGGAUUCGGGGGCGAUUCCGUCCCCGCAACAGCCACUACAACCGAAGAAACUAAGACCCCGACGGCCACCUCAGCGGGCGGCGUCAAGUCGUCUGGGGCCGUCAGUGAUACUUUGAUGGUGACUAUUCCUACGAUUACUGCGACUAUAGACUCAACGUCGGAUUUGGUGCUGCAUACUACGUUUUCUACGGGGACUUUGUCGCAGGGCGGGUUUUCGAAUGAGACGGUUGUUAGUGGAGUUGCCACAAAGACGGGGACUUCUACCGCCCUUGCUACUGAGACCGCCAGUGUAGCCAAGAGUGGGACCGCAUCGGCGUCAGCUAGCGGCAGUGCUGCAGCGACCGGUGCGGGACCUGUGGUUACGGCCGGGCCCUUGGGGUUGAUUUUCGGUUUGGUUGCAGGGGUUGCAGCGAUGGUGUAAUGCGGAUGUAUGUAGAAUGCAUACAGGUGGAUACACAUGUGGAACGGUUGGCGCAGAUAUGACAGCCGUACUUAAUGCCGGCGAUUAGGCAACAGGGUCUAUUAAUUCGUUUAUAAUACAGCAAUCAUAACGUGUAAGAGCCUUCAAAUCAGAUGAUAAUGGAUAGUACAGAGAUGAAACUGUGUGCGUGGUAAGAGCUCAGCGGCUGAAUUAAUAGAUAGACAGAAAGUCGUCGCAACACUAAUGAAAUUGUGGCAAUCCUAUAGUCUGCCGUCCUGCGACUCUUGAGCCUG